CGCGUGGGCCCUACAUUACUUGAGGCAUGACUUUAACUAUUUAAGCGAAUCUUAAGCUUCCUCUGCUUUUCCAUCAAUCGGUCUUUUUUUCUUGAUUUCUGGUGAGAUUUCAGAUAAAAAGAAGAAAAAAAUAUUCCCUCGCCGGAAUAAUCACCGGAGAUAAAGAGAAAGAAUGGCGUCCCUGAAAUUUCCGUCGGAGAUUCUCGCCGUCUUCAUCAUCAUCUCCGUGAUUCUCUUGCCGAUUGCUCAUGCGCAAUCGUCUUCGCCAGCUCCCGCACCCACCAGCGACGGAACAUCGAUAGAUCAGGGGAUAGCGUAUGUUCUAAUGAUGGUGGCUUUGGCGUUGACUUAUUUCAUUCAUUAAACUGAUGGAUCCUUCAAUUUGUUCUUCCUCCACAAUGGUUUUGUUUUCUAGUGUUUGUGGUUUUUUGUUUUACCUGUGACGUGAGAUUUGUAGAAAAUUAAAAGGGAGUUAGGUUUUGGACAUCAUCAUGCUCUGUUCUGUUUUUGUUGGUUGGAUUAUUCUUGUAAUUUCUUUCUUCUUGUUUAAUGAAACAGCGUAAUUAUAAUUA